AUUUUCAACUCCGCGGAGAUCAACAAUCUCACAAUUCGCGAUCAAUCAAUCAGGCUCGGCUAGCAGCGGCAGCGUCUCCAUCAGAUUACUUCGGACACUCCCGGAGGCCCGAUUGCCGUUCUCCAGCAGUCUAGUUGUCGAAAUCCGUCGCUCCGUCAGCUACCGACCGCAUCGUGGCUGAAACAAUUCCCGAAGCACUCCACUGCAACCACAUGAAUGGCGCGCUUGGUGGGUGACGAUCAACGCGCUGACUUCCGUGAUCGAUAGUUCGCACGUCCACAAAAAUCGACGAAACGGAGCCUAUAACCGAGUGAUUAGUCAUUGGUCUUCCACUCAAGCAAUGCUAUGGAACCGGAACUACUAACGAAUGAUCGAGACUGAAAUGACCGGUCAUAACUAACCACAAGCCAGUCCAAUUACAGCAUGGCCAUCAUAUCCUGUUUUGCUCUAAUAUGUCGGGUUGCUUUGUAGCCGAAUAGUUCGACACUCCCACCGCCUGCUAGUGUCGAAGGCUGACCCGCGCCGAAGAUUUGGAACUGGGUUUGGAUCGUAUCCGUCGAAACCGCCUCUGUCCUUCAAACACAUUGCUUUUGUCGGCUUGAAAUCGAGUUGGCGUUUCGACACUCCGCAUGCCAAUCGGCUGCUCAAGAGCUUUAAAAGCGUGAGCGCAGAUUCCCCAGAGUCUUCACCGAAGGUCUUUCCCCCCCAUCGAUACCGAGUUCCAUAAGCUAUUCGACGAUGGUCCGUCUCAACCUCCUCGCUGCUGUGCUCUCUGCUCUCGCCCUCGUCUCGAACGCUGUGUCCAUCAGCGGACCUGGCUCUGCCCCAGACCUCAGCAGCGUCAACAUCGUCAACGAGCUUCCCGCCGGAGCGACUGCCUACGGAUCGGACAACGACACGGACUGGACUGUCGCGUACGACAAGGACUUCAAGGCGCUCGGGCGCCUCAAGAACGAGGACUUCCAUGCGCUCAUCAACCCGAAUGCGAGCUCGACUCAUCUGGCCUCGAGACAGGCACCGAUCGGAGGCCGGUGCACUGGGCUGUCGGUCAGCGAGCUCCAGAGUCUUCCCGCUUGGCCCAACCUGGUGCGGUACGUGAAGGACACGCUUUCGUCCACCGUCAGCUACAAUCUGUGGACGACAUGGGACGGAGUGACUCAAGCAACAGCCUGCGUCGACGAGGGCAUCGUCUCUGUCGAACGCACCGGACAAGCUCAAUGCAACACCGACGAGCAGACCUUUGACGGGAACACCGUCGGCCGCAGUGGUGUCAUCACUCUGUCGGUCGUGUCUGGGUCGUCGACCACGGCCACGGAGUCCGUGACCAGUUGAGGAUCUGCACCUCGACUCUCACUUCGUGCUCUGACAUCCCCACGCACAGGGGCCUCGACUAUCGGUCUGAGCUACACUGCCAGUGUCACAAUCGGCGUCCCAGGCAUUGGCGAAGGCAGUGUGUCCUACACUGCUGCUGCCUCGUUCACCAAUGAGUUCGGAACAACCUUCGAGAAGAGCAUCAAGAAGGAGAGCACCCGUUCCGUGGCUCUCAACUCAGAGCCCGGAGACUACUGUUCCAUGCUGAUCACCACCACUACUUGCUAUCAGCCAUCCCGCGGCCGUAUUGGCUUCGUGGCGGACGGCUACGUCCGCUUCGGCUUCAACUCUCGCGUCAAGGAUCACUACUACUGGCACAUCCCCAUUGACAGGGAGUCGCGGGCGCAGCGCACCUCGUACAUGGAGUUCACCGGCUCGAUCAACUCGCACGGAUAUGGGCGGUACCGUGCCGAGUGCAAAAAGUGAGAGCGCUCGAGAGUUGCCACGGGGGAAUACAUCUCUUUCGAUACGUCUGGCUCGCAUGUACUUGUCAACUGUGCUGUGACAUGAACAUGGCUUUUUGGAAAUGCCGCAGGAAUCCGGCGCGGGAUUUUACGUCGGUCAGCAUUCGGGUCAAGUGACUCAAGUCUAGUUUAGAACUCAGCCCCCCCACAAGGGAAAGUGUCGCCGUUUUAGUAUACUAAUGUGCCGAAAUGCGGCAUUGAUGCAGGAAAUUCGGUUUUUCAGGGAGUGCCUUCUGAGGCUUCAGGUUUUCGACGAGUACUGUGGUGAUUUUCGGCUGUUAACAGUUAGGCAACACUGAUGAUUGGAAACGCACAAAAAACCGGAAGCGCUGCAAUCGAACGUCGACGGUUCAAUGUCCACCGUAGCUUAUGUAAUAUCAACCAUUUCCCUAGAUAACCUGGCUUUCGCAGAGAGAAGGCCAUUCCUAGUUGAGGAUUUGCUGGUCCUGUGUGUUUCGUUACGAGCAGGAGUUCCGGUCACAUUCGAUCAGUCACAAGUCCCCAAUUGGG